GUUUAAAAAUUGUCAGGGUUUGACAGCAGUAUCGGCCUGUAACACCGUUACUUUACAUGAGUUUUCCUGUUGCUGAGUCUGGCUGUGGAAAUGUUGCGCGCAAACGAGGCGCGCGCGCGUCUCCACGAGCCGUGCGUUAAUGUAGUCUGGCAGAAACCGGAGCGCGUGAAACAUGAGUGGAUUUAACAUAAAGAUGGAUCUCUCCUCGGUGAACUCCUCCUCGUGGAGAGCAGAGUCGGUGGUCGUCUCUUUGGGUUUUUCGGUCAUCUUCCUGGUCGGCACCGUGGGAAACUCUCUGGUCCUCGCGGUUCUGUUUCGCAACGGACAGAUGAACACCAAGACCACCAACCUGUUCAUCCUCAACCUCGGGGUAGCAGAUCUGUGCUUCAUUGUCUUCUGUGUCCCCUUCCAAGCCACUAUCUACACGCUGGAUGAGUGGGUGUUCGGACCCGUGGUGUGUAAGGUCGUGCACUUCAUCAUUUUUCUCACCAUGUACGCCAGCAUCUUCACCCUGACGGCCGUCUCCCUGGACAGGUAUUUAGCAAUUUGCUACCCACUCCGCUCCAGGGAGAUGAGAACACCAAAAAACGCCCUCAGCUCCAUCUGCCUGGUUUGGGCCUUGUCCUUGGUUUUCUCUGGACCGUAUCUCAGCUACUACUCACAGAUGGACCUAGUUGGCACUGUGGUGUGUAUUCCUGCCUGGGAGUCCAAACCACGCUUCAUAAUGGACGUUUGCACCUUCAUCUUUGGCUACCUCAUUCCCGUCCUGGUGCUCAGCCUCACCUACGCGCGCACCAUCCGAUACCUGUGGACCAGCGUGGAUCCCGUAAAGGACAUGUCAGAGUCUCGGAGGGCCAGACAUAAAGUCACCAAGAUGAUCAUCAUCGUCGCUGCCCUCUUCUGCCUUUGCUGGCUUCCCCAUCACCUGGUCAUACUCUGCAUGUGGUUCGGACGUUUCCCCCUCAAUCACACCACCUACGUCCUCCGCAUCCUCUCCCACCUGGUGGCUUACACCAACUCCUGCCUCAACCCCAUCGUGUACGCCCUUGUGUCAAAGCACUUCCGAAAAGGUUUCAGGAAGGUUUUCAGCUGUGCGCUGAGGAGGAGUGAGGUCAACAAGGUGCACGUCAUCCAGGCGGUGAACACGGUCAGCAGUGUGGAGACGUCCAACUAGAAAUGGCUUUGAAUGAAGAGGAAGAGCCAACUGAACAUUAUGAACUACGACCAGAGAUUGUCUUUGACUGAACUUCGAGUGUACCUGUCUUAAAGAAAGACCAUGUUGAGACAACAGUGGUGAAUGAGGAAUUCGGGAUAGUAAAGGUUGAGUUAUUGAUCACUUCCAGCAGUUCUAUGAAUGGAGGGAAGCCUUCAACACAGUGAAGGCCAUGGGAUUCUACUGUUUACACCACAUUCUGGUAAUAAAAAAGAUCACAAAAGAUGUGAUGCAGUCAUGGUUUGUCCCAAUCUACAAUGGAGAUACGAAGACUUAAUCGAUCAAGGAAACCCUUCACAUUUUCUACCUGACCCUAUGACAGUUUAAGCUACUCUUGCAGCACGGUUCUAGGGAUGUCCGUUGAACAAAACUUACAACAGAUAUCCCCACAGGAUGUAUCCUGAUGACUUCGGUCAUCCUGGAACUCCACCAUGAGGUUUAUGGUUAUGGUUUUGAGUGAAAUGCUUCAGAAGUAUCAGAUGGAUUGCCAUUCAAAUUUGAUAAACACAUUCAUGUUCCCCCCAGGAUGAAUUGUGAUAACUUUAAUAAUCCAUUAACUUUUCAUCUAGCAUCAACACCAGGCCAAAAUUGGUUUAAUUUGUCCAAUAAUAUGGUUUAUGACCAAAUACCUGCAAAAUAAUUUGUGAUUGUUCAUGCAUUAGCCCUAGUGCUAACCUUGUAGUCACACCAAAUAUAUGCCUAAAUUAACUUCUUUGGUUGUGUUGUGUUUUGUAGCCGUUUGUUACCAAAUGAAGCCAGAUACAAGCAGUUUAUAGCUGCUAUAAAAUGAGCUGAAUGCAUUGUAUUAGUGUUAAUAUUGGAUUUAAUUGUCAUGUAACUGACAGUAGUGUUGCAUUUGCAGCCAUUCUGUCAACAGUCCAACACAUCUGUAUUUCUUUUCCAUAAGUGGGAGAUAUUGAUAGAAAUUCCUGAUAUCUCCAACUCUGAAUAAUGAGUUGCAGGAACGUUUUUUCCCAUUCAGCUGCUUGUAGUUACAGUUUAAACUAUAUGACAUGAAUGUGGCAAAAGCACUGCUGUGUCUAUGUACAGCCUCACAGAACAGCAGGCAUGGUUGUAGACUGUUAGUCUUGUUCAUCAAGAUCAAGAAUAAGUGUUAACAAAAGGAAACAGCCACAGUUUAUGCUUUAAUGGGACAAUAAGGAAGUCAGAUACCUUGAUUUGUGUCUAAUCUAGGUUUUUUGUGCCAAAAGAUAAUAAGCACAUGUGGUCAGCAUGUGUCACUUAUGGUUGAACAGAUUUUGAAGUAUUUUUCCGAGAAAUCACACAAGCGCUGUUUUAAAAGGGCAAGACCCAGGCAGAGAGAGCCCUUCUAAUAGAGCAUGUCUUAUUAUGAAAAGACAUUUUAGAGAAUUUGAUGAAAAGUGGUAAUUUACUUUGGGUAAAAUAAGCUUUGCCUUUAUCCUGUUUAGAUACUGAAUGAAGGGAUAAUACAAUUUCUGUAUCCAGUUUAAUCUUUGUAAUAACUUUAUUUACAUAAUACUUUUAGAAAAACAAGUUGCAAAGUGAAACUUAUGUUCAACGUAUGUACAGAUCAGAGGGAAGUGAAAUAUAAAUUAAAUAAAAUAUUGCAACAAAAUCACAGAGCUACAAAGUCUGAUGUAGGUACAUCGGUGUCAGCCAAAAGGUUUAACAGAAUAAGAGUUUGUAGACAAAAUGACUCACUACAGUUUUGGUUUCAAAAGCUCAGGCGAGUUUCACAACGACAGGGUCAGUGGUUCAGAAUUUGGCUGGAAACAGCCUGAGGAGUCUGAGUAACUGUGGGUGGUGUUGGACUGAAAAGAAAAUUGUCAGAAUGUUAUGCAACCAGCAUUUACCAGACAGAUUUUCAAUCAUUUCUGCAUAAUUCAGCCUCUUGUGCAGAGUCCAUGACAAGCCUCAGUGUUAUCUCUAGUGAUUUAGACGUUUGGAAAUAUGCUGCAUCAUAAUUUGUUUGCCUCAGUGUUAUAUGUUGAUUUAUAUGCUUUGUAGUGCAAGUCCUGUCACAGUGUCAUGGACCAUACAACUUGAUUUGAUGUUGUUGUUGUUAAUGUGAGAUAUACAAGAUAACGUUUCUUUGUGGUACAUUUAUGCAAACAGUAUUAAUGUGGUGUACAGAACAUUAUAAGAGUUGAACUAAUAAAUUCAUCAAGCUGUUACCUUCUGUCUGCUUGGCAACACAAUGUCUUUCACUUGAAACAUGACACGUCCUUUCAAGAUGAUGUGUUAUGCGAGACCCUUCAUAGAUAUUACACCUGUCGAGUGGUUACCUACUACAUAAACCCCUUUAUAGACCCAUUAUCCUAGAUGGUCCCAUAGAAAAACUUGAUGAAUACACUGUAACGGAGGUGAGCCGGUUACUCAUCUUUAAGUCUUUUAUCUUGUAAAACUGAAAAACACCAUUUGAAAACACUUAUAAAAUAAAUAAAUCUUAAAUCUCA